GCCCGCGCAGCGCCGCGCGUGAGCCAGAAAUCCAAUGACUUGUCGGUCAGAGUAACGGCUGUCUUCAGGUCCUCAGGGGCUCGAGGGUCUUACUCUGUCACCUAGGCUGGAGUACAGUAGUGCGAUCAUGGUUCACUGCAGCCUCGACCUCCCGGGCGCAAGCAAUCCUCCCACCUCAGCUGGCCAAGUAGCUGGAACUACAGACAUGUGCCACCAUGCCUCAUUAAGGGAGAAGAAAGAAUGUUGCUGUGUUGCAAUGGCACAAUCAUGGCUCACUGCAGCCUUGACCUCCCAGGCUCAAGUGAUCCUCCUAAUUCAGCCUCCCGAGUAGCUGAGACCACAGGAGGCUAAGUCCAAGAUCAAGGUGCUGGCAGAUUUGGUGUCUGGUGAAGGCCCCUCUGUGGAUCACAGAUGGUCAUCCUCUUGCUGUGUCCUCACAUGACCGAAGAAGGUAAAGGCACUCUCCAUUCCCGAUUGUUCCAAGGCUCAAGUGGUCAGAAAUGACUGGGAAGAAGGGAGAAAAACUCAGGUGGCAAAGGACGUGAACAAAAACCCAUGGCGACAUGGAAAGAAAACCCUGUGAUAUAUAGAGGAAGAGCACAGGAGAGCUUAUUGGGAAGAAUGGAACUCUUCUGUAUCCUGAUUGCGGUGAUGGCCCUGCAUGGCUGCGGAGUCUCACUCUGUCGCCAGGCUGGAGUGCAGCCAUGCUAUCUCGGCUCACUGCAAUCUCCGCCUCCCAGGUUCAAGCGAUUCCCCUGUCUCAGUCUCCCGAGUAGCUGGGACUACAGAUUUCAACACUACACUUGCACAAUGUCUUUGAAACCGAGAGUAGUAGAUUUUGAUGAAACAUGGAACAAACUUUUGACGACAAUAAAAGCUGUGGUCAUGUUGGAAUACGUCGAAAGAGCAACAUGGAACGACCGUUUCUCAGAUAUCUAUGCUUUAUGUGUGGCCUAUCCUGAACCCCUUGGAGAAAGACUUUAUACAGAAACUAAGAUUUUUUUGGAAAAUCAUGUUCGGCAUUUGCACAAGAGAGUUUUGGAGUCAGAAGAACAAGUACUUGUUAUGUAUCAUAGGUACUGGGAAGAAUACAGCAAGGGUGCAGACUAUAUGGACUGCUUAUAUAGGUAUCUCAACACCCAGUUUAUUAAAAAGAAUAAAUUGACAGAAGCAGACCUUCAAUAUGGCUAUGGUGGUGUAGAUAUGAAUGAACCACUUAUGGAAAUAGGAGAGCUAGCAUUGGAUAUGUGGAGGAAACUGAUGGUUGAACCACUUCAGGCCAUCCUUAUCCGAAUGCUGCUCCGAGAAAUCAAAAAUGAUCGUGGUGGAGAAGACCCAAACCAGAAAGUAAUCCAUGGGGUUAUUAACUCCUUUGUUCAUGUUGAACAGUAUAAGAAAAAAUUCCCCUUAAAGUUUUAUCAGGAAAUCUUUGAGUCUCCCUUUCUGACUGAAACAGGAGAGUAUUACAAACAAGAAGCUUCAAAUUUAUUACAAGAAUCAAACUGCUCACAGUAUAUGGAAAAGGUUCUAGGUAGAUUAAAAGAUGAAGAAAUUCGAUGUCGAAAAUACCUACAUCCAAGUUCAUAUACUAAAGUGAUUCAUGAAUGUCAACAACGAAUGGUAGCAGACCACUUACAGUUUUUACAUGCAGAAUGUCAUAAUAUCAUUCGACAGGAGAAAAAAAAUGACAUGGCAAAUAUGUACGUCUUACUCCGUGCUGUGUCCACUGGUUUACCUCAUAUGAUUCAGGAGCUGCAAAACCACAUCCAUGAUGAGGGCCUUCGAGCAACCAGCAACCUUACUCAGGAAAACAUGCCAACACUAUUUGUGGAGUCAGUUUUGGAAGUGCAUGGUAAAUUUGUUCAGCUUAUCAACACUGUUUUGAAUGGUGAUCAGCACUUUAUGAGUGCGUUGGAUAAGGCCCUUACGUCAGUUGUAAAUUACAGAGAACCUAAGUCUGUUUGCAAAGCACCUGAACUGCUUGCUAAGUACUGUGACAACUUACUGAAGAAGUCGGCGAAAGGGAUGACAGAGAAUGAAGUGGAAGACAGGCUCACGAGCUUCAUCACGGUGUUCAAAUACAUUGAUGACAAGGACGUCUUUCAAAAGUUCUACGCAAGAAUGUUGGCAAAACGUUUAAUUCAUGGGUUAUCCAUGUCUAUGGAUUCUGAAGAAGCCAUGAUCAACAAAUUAAAGCAAGCCUGUGGUUAUGAGUUUACCAGCAAGCUACAUCGGAUGUAUACAGAUAUGAGUGUCAGCGCUGAUCUCAACAAUAAGUUCAACAAUUUUAUCAAAAACCAAGACACAGUAAUAGAUUUGGGAAUUAGUUUUCAAAUAUAUGUUCUACAGGCUGGUGCAUGGCCUCUUACUCAGGCUCCUUCAUCUACGUUUGCAAUUCCCCAGGAAUUAGAAAAAAGUGUACAGAUGUUUGAAUUAUUUUAUAGCCAACAUUUCAGUGGAAGGAAACUUACAUGGUUACAUUAUCUGUGUACAGGUGAAGUUAAAAUGAACUAUUUGGGCAAACCAUAUGUAGCCAUGGUUACAACAUACCAAAUGGCAGUUCUUCUUGCCUUUAACAACAGUGAAACUGUCAGUUAUAAAGAGCUUCAGGACAGCACUCAGAUGAAUGAAAAGGAACUGACAAAAACAAUCAAAUCAUUACUUGAUGUGAAAAUGAUUAACCAUGAUUCAGAAAAGGAAGAUAUUGAUGCAGAAUCUUCAUUUUCAUUAAAUAUGAACUUUAGCAGUAAAAGAACAAAAUUUAAAAUUACUACAUCAAUGCAGAAAGACACACCACAAGAAAUGGAGCAGACUAGAAGUGCAGUUGAUGAGGACCGGAAAAUGUAUCUCCAAGCUGCUAUAGUUCGUAUCAUGAAAGCACGAAAAGUGCUUCGGCACAAUGCCCUUAUUCAAGAGGUGAUUAGCCAGUCAAGAGCUAGGUUUAAUCCCAGUAUCAGCAUGAUUAAGAAGUGUAUUGAAGUUCUGAUAGACAAACAAUACAUCGAACGCAGCCAGGCGUCGGCAGAUGAAUACAGCUACGUUGCGUGAUGUCGCUCUCCUCCAGCAUGGUGUGAGAAGAUCAUUGCCAUCACCAUUUGGUGUGUUCCUGUGGGAAAAAGCAGGACUGUGCCUCCAUAAUUUGGUCAUUUGGCAGCCCCUGUUUUCUGCUGUUUACAACAUCACCAGUGCCACGUCAUGAGCGUCAAAGAAAAUGCCUAGAGAUAUUUCAAGCUCAUGUCAUUAUGACAUUUCUUAAAACUUUAUUAAAAGAAUGAGUGAAGUAUUGCUGAAAUGUGGAAAUUCGGUUGGGUACCAUGCUUUUUCUCCCCUUCACGUUUGCAGUUGAUGUGUCUUUUUUUUUUUUUUAAUGUAUCUUAAAGGACAUAAAAUUUAAAAACUUAAAUAUUGUAAUAUGACAGAUAACCUAAUAAUUGUAUCUACAUUAAAAUGACAAACAUGAUAUUGCUGCUUGUCAAAUAAAAAAAAAAUAAAGAAGUA